CUGAACCGGUUCUGUCUGUCGCUGUUCAACCGAUUCAAGUUUGGGCCUGGCCUGCUCUGCCUUGACGCGACAAGUCGCAUACAAAAGACUUAUAGGACGCUAUUGUACUUGCUUCAUAUAACAAGCAGUAGGCUCGAGCGCCAGGUCCCAGCCAGGGCAAUUGCAAAGCGACUUGAACAACACUCGUAACUAGCGCGGCCUCGGGCCGCGGCCAGCAUUAGCGGCAGCUCGCAAAUAUGCAGUUUCUCGCGACAACCAAGCCGGGGGCUGCCGAGUUUACGUCCCAACUCGGCGGAAAUGCUGCACGCAAGGGCAACGAGCGCAUGUUCUCGGACCUGAGCAUGUAUAGCACGCCACCCUCGGAAAACAUCACGCUCGAGGAGUUUGAGCGGCUCGCUCUCGCGCGCCUGUCGGUGCUGAAGGAAAUGGAGGCCUACCGCCUGCGCCACUCCAACAAGACCGAGAAGGAGUACCUCGAUAAGUUGAACCAGCUCAAGCAGAAGCACAUGAAGGGCCUCACCGCCUCGGCCGCAGCCGCCGCCGCGGCCGCCGGCGCCUCGGGCGCGGCCGCCACCUCGGCGGCGCGUGAGGAGGAGGUGCGCGCCGACAACAUCUCCCACUACGUGCUGCGCCUGGCCUAUUGCCGCACUGCAGAGCUGCGCAAGUGGUUCCUGGUGCAGGAGUGCGAGAUGUUUCGCCUCAAGUUCGGAAUGUACAGCGCCCAGGAGCACGAAGACUUCCUGUCGGAGCACGCGCCGCAGUACAAACUGGUGCCGCACGCGGAGCUGCUGUCAGUCAGGGAUGCCAUCGUCAAGGUGAUGCGCUCUAAUCUUGAGACGCGCGAGGCCAUCAGUCGCGUGGAGAACUUCGGGCGCGACGACGCCGAUGCCAAGUCCAAGGGCCCACGCUCCACUGCGGAUGCCCGCGAGCUCGAGCCCAAAUUCUACAAGGUGGCCUGGACGCUUGUGCCGGAGCUGGUGUCUCAGCGGCGGGUGCUGCUGCGCGGCGGCUGGGCCUACGUCAGCCGGGAGGCGCUGGCGCCGCUGGUGGUGGCGGAGUUCCGCACGGGCGUCAGCAGGGGUCUGUCUGAGAUGGCUCGGCGCUGGCGGCAGAUGUUCCCGGCGGAGGAGGAGCAGCGCCUGCAGCCGCUGGUGGCGUCACUCACCAACAGGUCGCUGGUUGCCGACUACAGCGGUGUGGCCACGCGCUACGGCGACGUGAGCGCCGCCAACCUGCCUCAGGUGGCGGCCCGGCACUUCCCGCUGUGCAUGGGCCACCUGGUCAGCCAGCUGGCAGCGGAGCGGCACCUGCGGCACGGCGGCAGGCAGCAGCUGGGGCUGUUCCUCAAGGGCAUCGGACUGCCCAUGGAGGAGGCGCUGGUGUUCUGGCGCUCCAUGUUCGCGCCGCGCUGCACCGGCGAGGCCUUUGACAAGCAGUACGCCUACAACAUCCGACACAACUACGGCCGGGAGGGCAAGCGCACAGACUACACCGCACACAAGUGCACCACCAUUGUGGGCUCCAGCGGCGGCCCCGGCGACCACCACGGCUGCCCCUACCGCCGCCUGGACGAGUCGGCGCUGCGGGCGGCACUGGGCCGACUCAAGUGCGACGACCGCAAGGUGGAGGAGGCAGUGUCCAAGGCGCGUGACGGCCACUACCAGCUGGCGUGUGCGGCGGCGUUCGAGGGCGUGCACCGCGUGCCCGAGAUGGACGUGGGCAUCUCGGCGCCACUGCAGUACUACGCGGAGAGCCGGCGCAUCUGUGCGGAGCGCGAGUCGGCGGCGGUGCAGGGCGCGGCGGCGGCGGCGACAGAGGCGGCGGCGGCUGCCGCCACGGCCGCCACGGCAGCGGAUGCGGGCGGGGACCCGGCGGCGGCGGCGGCGGCUGAUGCGGGCAAGGAGCAGCGGGGCGUGAAGCGGGCGGCGGCCGGCGACUCAACGCCCGGCGCAGCGCGGUAGGGCGCAGCCGUCCUUGCUGCCCGGGCGGGGAUGAGCAGGGGCCGACUGGGUGCGUGUUGCGUGUGUGUGUGUGUGGUGUGGUAGUGGGGCGCUGGAGCGGAGGAGUCCGGUUUACGAGCAGGGAGGCGGGGAGGUGUGGUGUCGUAGGCCCCCAGCCCGCAGAGCCGGGUGUGCUGCGCUGGUCGACAUGUGUUUGCCGGGCGGGGUGGCGUGGCGGUGCGGUGCGGCUCAGCUUGGUAUGUUACGUGGAAACUUAAGGGUCGAACGCAAAGGUGCAGGCGCUGCGGUGUGUUGAUGGGAGCCCUGACUGGAGGAAGGCUGGGGAGGGGGGCAAGUGCA